AUGCGGAACUGUAGUUACUAGUACUAUCGAUAUGCCGGAAUGUUUUGAGGUUGCGCAGAUUAUCAGUGUAGUUUCAGGCAGCAUGAAGAAGGAGCAGGUUGUAAACUGUCAGUUUUCUGUUUGGUAUCCUCUAUUCAAGAAACACACUAUUAAGAGCUUGAUUCUGCCUAUACCUCAAAAUGUAAUCGAUUACUUAUUAGAUGACGGGACACUUGUGGUUUCUGGCAGUGAGAACAACAAUUUGCAAACGCAGGCCGCCAAUAACAGUGACUCGGAUGAGGAGGACAUUCAGUGGACUGACGAUGAAACUACAACAACAGUUACGGCCCCAGAAUUCCCAGAGUUCAAUGUAAAGGUGCAGGAGGCAAUAAAUGUUCUGGGCGGAUGCGUCUUCCCAAAACUGAACUGGAGCGCCCCACGGGAUGCUAACUGGAUUGCCCUGAACAGUUCCUUGCAGUGUCAGAGUCUAAGCGACAUCUUCCUCCUUUUCAAAAGUUCAGAUUUCAUCACGCAUGACCUCACACAGCCAUUUCUCCAUUGUAGUGAUGAUUCUCCAGACCCAGCCAUAAACUAUGAGUUGGUGUUGAGAAAAUGGAGCGAGCUCAUUCCAGGAGGAGAAUUCCGUUGCUUUGUGAAAGAGAAUAAACUAAUUGCGAUCUGUCAGAGAGAUUACACACAACAUUAUCAGCACAUCGCCAAACAAGAGGCCAGCAUCUCUUCCUCUAUACUGCAGUUCUUCAGAGACCACAUCCAAUACCAGUUCCCAGAUGAGGACUUUGUCCUGGAUGUUUACAGAGACAGCUCAGGACGCGUGUGGUUGAUUGACUUCAACCCGUUUGGUGAAGUCACAGACUCUUUGCUUUUCACAUGGGAGGAGCUAACAUCUGGCAAAAAUCUCACAGCCAAUCAGACGCAAGAGGACACAACACAGCAGGACGGUCCUGCAUUUCGACAAACCACCAGUGAGGUCACGGUGCAGCCCAGCCCAUGUCUGUCCUACAGAAUCCCACGAGACUUCAUGGACCUGACCACAGGGGAAGAUGCCUAUAAACUCAUUGAUUUUCUUAAGCUGAAGAGGGGUCAGCAGGAGGAGGAGGAGUCUGAUGCAGAAGGGGAGGGGCCUCUGUAGUAAACCGGAGGAGCUGGGUGUCAGUGCUGCCUUCCUGCAGUUUACUUCCAACUCUGCUUGAAUAGACCUGUCUGUAUUUUUCAAGUGAACUGGAAGAUUUUGAUUGGCUACUUCAGGCUUUAGAUUAAAUUGAGGUACCAGACUUUGUAGGAAGGUCUCAUUACUGUAUAUAAUGUGAUGGGUGCUGACCUGGGAAGUCCACGUCAAAUGUUUAACAGACUUAUACACGCUUCUGUAUCGCAGAAGACAUUUUUAUGCUUUCUAUCUGCAAUAGUGCUCACACACAUUACAAAUUCAAAGUGCAAUAGUUUUAAAACUGUUAUGAAGUAAUAAUAAAAAAUUUAUAAUAAUUAAAAAAGCUUCUGUGUUCAUGAUAUGUUGCAAUUUACAAAUUGACCAAACUGGAUUUUUGUUGUAGACUGACUUUUUUUUUUUUUUUUUUUUUUUUUUUUUUUGGGGGGGGGGCAUCCAUGUGGGGGCGCUAAAUACCAAAUAACUGGUGUGCAAGAAUAAGCUGUAAUUGCAAAGUAACUUUUGGUUUAUGUAUAUUUUAAGUUGUCCCUGUUACAGUGUAUUUAUACAUUUAAGUGCUGAGUAGUAUUACUUAACAACAUGUACUUACUAUAGGGUUAUGGUUUGGUUUGGUUUAGGGUUAGUUGCAUGUAAUCAUGCAUAAUAUACUGUUAUGACUACAGUAAGUACAUGCAACAUAUGUAAGGGCACUGUAAAAUAAAGUGUUUCCAGGCCAUGAAAACUCAUGAAAUGUAAUAAAACUUUACAAUGGCAUGGACA